UCCAUUACUAAACUUCAUCCUCGACCACGUCUCUCACGUUUGCCACUUCUGGCAAUUAACAUGCCUCGGGUUUUCACUUUCUCUUGACUUCUCCAUUUGGUCUUUUUUUUUCAGCCCCGGGGGUUCAUAUACUUUACGAUUCGCGGACCACCAAACGUUUUCUUUCUUCGGUCUGGGGAUCGUGUACAUCUGCUGCGAAUCGCAGAACCCAUUCCAACCCUUUGAGAGCUCGUCCCGCGCGCCCUGGCCCAGCUCGACCUGACAACUUCCUUUGUGACUCUCCAUCAAUAACGACUCAUUGGCCACAAUCACCAUAGCCCUUUAGCUAUUACGCGUCUUCUAUUCAGACCUUUUCUUCACGCACACACCGUCGAUACCCCUACUGGUUACCGACUGCGGUCGCUUGACACUAUAGCUACUAUUGGAGGGGUCACACCUGCAGGACUUCCACUUCACCCUUCACAAAAACCCUUGCGGUUUAGGAACGGAGCACAAACGUCGCAAUCAUGGCAUCGAGAACCAACAAGAUCAGGCCCAUAAGGAAGCCGAUAACGAAUCGAGACCAGAGCGAGUUCGAGCCAUGCUGGGCCCUUUUGCGCGACGCCAUGACCGAUAUUCACCUACAGAACGCCGGCCGUCUGUCCUUCGAACAACUAUACCGAGCUUCAUACAAGAUUGUGCUUCGGAAGAAGGGCGCCCUACUCUACGAGAGGGUUAGAGACUUUGAGCAGGAGUGGUUCCGAGAUCACAUCAUGCCGAACAUCGCCGCCCUGAUCACCAAGAACCUGAUCAACAUAUCGCUGCUUCAGCACCCGGGGUCGAGUUCACAUGAGCGCAGGGAGAUGGGCGAAAAGUUCCUGCGCGGAAUACGAGACUCAUGGACGGAUCACAAUAGGUCUAUGAACAUGAUUGCGGAUGUGCUCAUGUAUCUCGACCGUGUCUAUACCCUAGAGACGAAGCAGCCCUCUCUGUUUGCCGUUACAAUUGGUCUCUUCCGGAACAAUGUCCUCCGGAGCCACAUUGGCGCCGCCGCAGAAGACAUCGAGCAAGACUUUGUCGUCUUUGACAUUCUCUGCGCCGUCAUAUUGGACCUGAUCAACAUGGAGCGCGACGGCGAUAUCAUCAACCGAAACCUAGUGCGCAAAAUAACUGCGAUGCUUGAGAGCUUAUACGAGACAGAUGACGAGAUCGAAAACCAUCGGCUUUACCUAACCCUUUUCGAACCUCGGUAUCUCGAGGCAAGCACCGAGUUUUACCGUAAAGAGUGUGAGAAGCUGGUCCAGGAAGCAAAUUGCAGCACGUGGCUCCGCCAUGCCCAACGGCGACUAAACGAGGAGCGCGAGCGAUGUGGUACUACCCUAUCAAUUAUGACGACCGACAAAAUCGCGAGUGUUGUGGAGAAGGAGCUCAUCGAGGCAAAGCUCGAUGUCUUUCUGGCCAUGGAGGGGAGCGGCCUGAAGCCCAUGAUCGACAAUGAUCGCUUGGACGACCUUUCGAUCCUGUACCAACUCAUAUCCAGAGUGGACAGUACGAAAUCGGCGCUAAAGGUUAUUCUACAACGUAGAGUGCGGGAGCUUGGACUGGAGAUUGAGAAGGCGCUCAAGAACACAGACUUUUCCGUCGCUGGUGCAGCUGCUGGGGAUGGUGAGGAUGCUGGCGAAGCGGCAGAGAAGGCCAAACCCCAGACCUUGAAUCCGGCUCAGCAGCAAACCGCUGCCGCUAUCAAGUGGGUGGACGACGUAUUGCAGCUUAAGGACAAGUUCGACAGAAUAUUGUCCGAUUGCUUCUGCGAUGAUCUCCUGCUACAGUCCGCUAUCACACGAAGCUUCUCCGACUUCAUCAACUCUUUCAAUCGCAGUUCUGAAUAUGUUUCUCUAUUCAUUGAUGACAACCUCAAACGCGGCAUCAAGACCAAGACGGAAGCCGAAGUAGACGCUGUCUUGGAUAAAGCCAUCGUUCUUCUCAGAUAUCUUACAGAUCGAGACAUGUUCGAAAGGUAUUACCAGAAACAUCUGGCCAAGCGGCUACUGCAUGGGAAGUCUGAAAUCCAUACCGAGAAGGAGAUGGUAUCCCGUAUGAAGUCAGAAAUGGGCAAUCAUUUCACAUCCAAGUUUGAAGGCAUGUUCAAGGACAUGGAGUUGUCCAAGGACCUAACCGACAACUACCGUGACCAUAUCGCCAGUUUAGGUGAUGCCGACUAUAAGAUGGUUGACCUCAACAUCAACGUCCUGACCACCAACAACUGGCCACCCGAGGUAAUGGGUGGUGGUACGUCGAAGGGAGAAGGGGCGAAACUGGAUUGCUUCUAUCCACCCGAAAUCAAGCGGCUCCAGGAGAGCUUUUACAAGUACUACCUGAAGGACAGGAGCGGCCGUGUUCUUACAUGGGUUAGCUCGGCGGGCAAUGCGGACAUCAAGUGUGUGUUCCCCAAGGUUCCGGGCAAGGAGACUGGACCUUUGAGCAAGGAAAGGCGGUAUGAGCUAAACGUCUCGACGUAUGGCAUGAUUGUGCUUAUGCUGUUCAACGAUCUCGUGGACGGCGAAAGUUUGAGCUUCGACGAGAUCCAAGCCAAGACGAACAUUCCGGCACCAGAGCUCAUGCGGACACUGGCUUCACUUUCGAGUGUUCCCAAGUGCAGGGUACUGCUAAAGGAACCGGCCACAAAGAACGUCAAAAAUACCGACAAGUUCUCUUACAACGCACAGUUUGUGAGUAAGGCUAUCAGGAUCAAAGCUCCCGUUAUAAGCAGCAUUUCCAAGGUCGAGGGAGACGAGGAGCGAAAGGAGACGGAAAGGAAGAAUGAUCAGACGCGCGCUCAUGUUAUCGAUGCGGCGGUUGUCAGAAUUAUGAAGCAACGCAAGUUACUGGCCCACACCAAGCUCGUAAACGAGGUGAUCUCGCAACUCAUGGGCCGCUUCAAGCCCGACGUACCGCUAAUCAAGAAACGGAUCGAGGACCUCCUGGCGAGAGAGUACCUGGAGCGGGUUGAAGGUGACUCGUCAACGUACCGAUACUUGGCUUAGUCCACUGCAUCGCAUUACACAUAGUGGUAGUAUAUGUCGCACUAACCAUAACACUAUCCCGACUGGAUAGUCGUUUACAUACAAUACAUACAACAAUUCAUGAUUGGGAGGUCCGGCGAAACCCAUGCUUUAAAUAGAAUCUUGAUGACGUCAGUCCUCUAGUGGCCGUACGAGUAAGCAACGUGCCCUACUUCUUUACCCCUUUCUACCAUGCAAAAAUCCUGUAAAUAUAUAUAUACAUGUGUGUGUGCCCAGACAUCAUUACGGCUGAGCUAUUCUUGGAAGGUCCUUGGGUGAUCCGUCUCCCAACCCUAUCAGAAGAAAGCUCCCUGUACAAACAUCGGAUGGGGGAUAUUCAGAAAUGAGACACACAUAUUCGCGACAUUGCAUCUUUGGGCUGGGUCCGAUGGCGCUGGACAUGUAUUUUUUCUAAGUUGCGCAUCAGCGGCUUUGUCAUUCCUUCAGGAGUUGCGUUGAGUCGAGUUGAGUUGAGUUGUCUUUUGUUAUUGCAUAUAGGCUUAAAAGUCAUCCAUCGCAUCGGUCUUUCGCCACGGGCCGUAAUUGGAAAAAGUUGGGGGAAUGAAUAGAAAGUUUGAAAUCUACAACGAGAAACAG